AUGGACAACCAUGAUACACACAUAACCCCCAAUUCACAAUCUAACUCACACAAAACAUUCGCGGAAACAACAGCGAACUCAUCCUUUCCAAAAAAAGACCAAGCAAUUAUCUUCAAUACAGUAAAUGACGUCCCGCAAAUCGAGUACAUCAAAGCAUUCAGCCAACUUACAUCGCCUAAUAACAUAAAAUUCGCUUCACGAAUAUCCAACAAUAGAUUCUGCAUUUAUUUUGCUAGUAAGAGUAUCGUUGACCAUAUUAUCUCAAAACAAUCGUAUAUCGUUAUAAAUAACACGCAAAUCGCUUAUCGUCGGCUCAUUAGCCCGGCAAAACGAAUCAUCAUAUCCAAUGUGCAGCCAUCUAUACCUCACGACAUAAUUAUAAAAGCUAUUAACAAUAGCCUCAUUAAAAUAUUAUCUCCCAUUACAUUUAUGAAAGCCGGUUUCUCAAACGAUGAAUACGGUCACAUAGGCAGUUUUCGACGACAAGUAUAUUUACAUCCCGACGAUAUCCAUAGACUACCGAGUUCAUUAUUAAUUAAUUACGAUCAAACCGAUUAUCGCAUAUUCUUCUCGGACGACACCGUGUUAUGCUAUAUCUGCAAACAAACUGGUCACACCUCAAACCACUGCAAAAAAGAUUUGGAUAAUACGAUCUUAACUAAUAGCAAUAUCCCUCCUCCGCCGGAAAACAAAGAAAUCGAAAAAGAUAAUAACUCACAAAAUGAUCAAAAUAUCAUGGACCAUACUAACAUAAAUCAUAGUAUCGAAAACAAUUAUCAACAAUCUGUCAACAAGCUGACUCCCCUUCAAGAACCAGCUGACCACAUUAAAAGACCUAUCUCAUCAUACGCCAGCACCAGCGACACCGACAAUGCAUCCACCACUGAGAACCCUAUAAACACGUCAUCAACAACACCUACGGAAACUCAAAACCAUCAAACCAAUAAUAGCAUCCUCACAACAAAGCUAUUAGAAUCCCAAUCCAACGAAAAAAAAAAAAAAAAAAAAAAAAAAAACAAAUGCAGGAAUAACACAUAA